CGGCGGCGUGCUUCUAAGCCAAGAUCCCGUACCGGAUGUCGCACCUGUCGAGCGCGGCGGAUCAAAUGCGAUGAAACGCCCGGAGCAUGCCAGCGCUGUACCUCCACAGGCCGAGUCUGCGAUGGAUACGAGGUCCAACGACUGCCUCUACCCCCACGCAGAAAGACAGCAACUGCUUCUCGAGUUCCUGCCUUAGUGCCAACCGGCUUUCGCUUCACAACCACCACAGAUGAAAUACGCUGUUUCUCGUACUUCCAACAUCGUUCGAUCUCUCAUCUAAUCGCCUCGGUCGAUAACCCUCUCUGGGAGAAGCUCGUGCCCCAGAUGAGUUACAAUGAGCCGGCCGUAUACCAUGCGAUCGUGGCUCUGGGCUCAAUUCAUCAGAAUCUGGAAAAGCAUGGCUUGCGCGUGCCGGGAAAGAAGUCUAAUAGCACUUUAGAACGUUUCGCAACGGAGCAGUCCCUCAGAUCGUUCUCUUUGCUCACCCAGCGCCGUGCUUCACAGGAUCCCGCCCUGCGACAGGUGAUUCUCGUCUGCUGCUUGCUCUUCACCGUAACCGAACUGCUCUGUGGACGCCCAGAAACCGCGAGUGUGCAUCUAGCGGGUGGGCUGAGGAUUCUCCGGGAGCUCAAAGCACAGAGGUGCGCGCUCUCGCCGUGGGAACAGCAGACCACCCUGGACACGUAUCUGCAUCUUCAGAGUCAGUCGUUUUUCAUGAUGGGCGGGCCGAUUCUGACCACGGAUCACGAGAUAAUCUAUGAGAGGCCGUAUGAGGACCAUCUAUCUACGUUCACCACCUUCCACGAGGCCCAGCGCGCAUUCGAACCCGUCUUCAACGCCAGCUGUGGCUUCCACGUCAUAUUUUGGAAGCAAAGGCGAGGGAUCCCGGUCCCCGAGUUCUACCAAGCCAGCUUGCUCUCCCCGAUACGCCUUCUUUCAUGCUGGAAUCGGUUCCUGCAACAGCUCGAAUCGUUUGUGGCUGCACCAUCCACCCGCCUUGGUGCAAAGGAGAAGCGGGGCGUGCAGCUGCUGAGAGUCAUCACGCAUGGACAGAUCGUAGGUGUCAAGAGCUGCCUCUUGCUCAGCAAUGAUCUCUCCUUGCAAUCCCUCAUGGAGGACUACGUGGACCUGCACCGAAUGCUGAAAAUAACAUUGGACCAGAUCCAGAACCGCCCACUGAUUAGCCUCGGAGUUGGCCUUACUCCCGUCUUUUUCUUCUUGGCUCAGUGCCCCGACUAUGAGAUCCGUUUGUGGGCUAUCGAUGGUCUACUGUCGUGGCCGCAUUGUGGCGGCUUCUUCGACACCAAGCAGAUGGCUCGACUGGUGCUCCAAGGGAUGAAGACUGAGCUG